AUGCGGGAGGUGGAGUUGGCCCAACCAGGCGGGAAACUGGCCAGAUACAGGUCUGUGUAUGGGGGUGGGCUUGCAAGGUCGCAACCUGAGUUUCAGCGUUCAUCAAUUGCUGGAAGAAGAUCAUCUGGAAGGAGCAGCCAUCCAGGUAGCAGCAGGGGCACCUGCCCUUCAAGUUCGCAAGGUCAAUCCAGCGGCGAUGAGCUGCCCCCCAGGCGAGGCAGGCCCAGAUCUGCUCCGGGUCGCAACAGGUUCGACCCCACGGAAUACGUUCGAAACAAGAGGGAGCGUCAGGCUGCAGUAGCCACUGAAAUGCGCCGCCGCAGUCCAUCCUUUGGGUCGUCAGCGCGCAGCUCAAGUGCAGGCAGUCGCUCAUCCAGUGCUGAACGCCAGUGGAGAUCCCCCAGGGACUCCAGCGACAGGGGGAUGAUGCGGCAGACGCCUCCGAAGAGAGCGCCUCAAGGGGGCCGAAGCCAUACAACCAACUUUGGCCGCGCCAAGCUGCGCAGCAAGCCAAGGGGAGCUUGUGGUUCAAGCCCGUCGGCAAGGUCACAGAAGUCGAACAAUCAAGAAACCAGCGAUGCUGGCAUAGUUGAUGGUCGCUCCACGACGAAUGGUUAUGUGCCCCUUGACAAGCGCUCUGCUUCGCCUGGUCGCGCCCUUCAGGAUGUAAAGCUCAUGUUGAGCAAAUACACAAGGAGAGCAGAGGACGAAGGGGACGGGCUGAUUGCACCACCCAACGACGGCAUGCACGCCAGCACACUGGAUCGCCUGGUGACAGACACUGGCUCGGAUAUUGCAGACGUGGAGUCACGCCUGAACGCCCUGCAGAAUUUCAUCCGCAUGGCCCGACUGUCGGCCGGGUCGGAAAGUGGUGAGCCGUGA